GCUUCUUCAUCAUCGCUAUAGACUAAACGGACCUUGAUCCAUCCAACCAUUCCCUAAAGUGACACGUGUAUACGUUACAGUGUCGGCCAAAGCUCAACGAACUCUCUCAUCGUACGAAAGGGUUUAUGAAUAUCAUAUUGCAAUCAUCGUAAACCGGAUUCGGAUAUGCUUCUUGGAUCCUAACUCUCUUUGAAAUAGGGUUUACUCUCAAAUCCUUUUCACAAGUUCAGUUUCUUUUGGAAUCUCACCGUGAGUACUACUUACUACUUCGAUUUCUCUCUCUCUUUUGGGGUUUGUAUUUUUUUAUUGGUAUGAUUGUAUCUUAUGUGGGCACAUAUGUGUAUCAGCAAGUUUCUUUUCUUAUCUUAUCUUUGCAACUAUUUUUCCAAGUUUUAUAUAUAGAUCGAGAGAUUUUUUAUGAUUGGAUAUGGGAAUUGAUGUUUCUUCAAUCACUUUGUUUGAUCUUUGAUCUUGCUCCACCUUUUCCUUUCCUAAAUUGGGCAAAUGAGUUUUGUCUUUCAUCGAUUAACGAGUUGGUCAUGAACUAGAAUCAUGAGAAACAUCUCUAAUAGAAUGUGGAAUAUAUGUUUUUUUUCAAGCUGAUAAUUAAGGUCGAGUAAUGGAGGUGAAGGAGGGUGAUAGAGUGGUAAUAGCAAAACCUGUGGCCUCGAGGCCUUCUUCAAGUUCUAGUUUCAGGAAUUUCACUGAGCUUCUCACUGAUUCAAUUACCGUAUCUCCUCAAUCUAAUUGCCAUGACAUUGUAGACGUUGCUAUAAGACCAAAGACUUUGAGGUUCAACCAGCCAGUUGCAGCUUCGGUCUCAUUUCCACGGGUUGAAGGAAACACUAGUAAUGGAAUUGGAAAGUCUUGUGAUGAUUCAGAUAGCAAAAGCUACGUUGUUUAUAAACCGAAAGCAAAGCUUGUCUCCAAAGCAACCGUCUCUGCAUUGGCUAAUAUGCUUCAAGGGAACCGGCAACAGACUUGGAGACAAACCGAAGCAGUAGGCUAUGGGAAGAGUGUGAGCCAAGGUACAUAUCGAUCCGGUCCUAAUGUAGUCCAGAAAGUUCCAACCUUUACGGAAUCAGAGACCUCUAUUGGGGACAGAUCUUCAGUGGACGGAUACAACUGGAGGAAAUACGGACAGAAGCAAGUUAAAGGAAGUGAGUGUCCAAGGAGUUACUACAAAUGCACACAUCCCAAAUGUCCCGUGAAGAAGAAAGUAGAGAGAUCAGUGGAAGGUCAAGUUUCAGAGAUUGUGUAUCAAGGUGAGCAUAAUCACUCAAAGCCGUCUUGUCCUCUUCCACGGCGCGCUUCAUCAACAACCUCUUCAGGGUUUCAGAAACCACCAAAAGCGGUUGCUUCUGAAGGAUCAAUGGGACAAGACCCUACCAAUAGUCUCUAUUCUUCUCUUUGGAGCAAUCAAAGCAAUGAAUCUUCUAAAAGCAGAACAGAGAAGAUGAAUGAGGGUUGUGUUAUUACACCAUUCGAGUUUGCGGUUCCCAAAUCGACAAAUUCGAAUGCUGGAACUUCGGAUUCUGGUUGCAGAAGUAGCCAAUGUGAUGAAGGCAGCAACGGAGGAGAGCUUGAUGAUCCAAACAGAAACAAAAGAAGGAAGAACGAGAAGCAAUCGAGUGAAGCAGGAGUAUCGCAAGGCUCGGUUGAAUCAGACAGUCUUGAAGAUGGAUUCAGGUGGAGGAAGUACGGACAAAAAGUGGUGGGAGGCAAUGCGUAUCCAAGAAGUUAUUACAGAUGCACGAGUGCUAAUUGCAGAGCAAGGAAACAUGUUGAGAGAGUGAGUGAUGAUCCAAGAGCUUUCAUUACAACCUACGAGGGUAAACAUAAUCAUCAUUUGCUCUUGAACCCUCCAACUUCCUCCUCUACUCUUCCUUUUAACUCUCCACAGCUUUCUAAGUAAGAGACAUUUUUUUAUCCAUUCAUGCUUUCUCUUUUUUUCUUUUUUUCUUUUUUGUUAAGAAAUAGAAAAAAAGAGAAAGCAAAAUUGGUAUACACAAUCACCAUUUGCUCUUUUACCCAUUUAGCUUCAUAUAUAACUUUCUAAGCAAUCCAUUUAAUCCCAUUCAUGUAUUUUUCUUUGAUCUUUAUACCACAGUAGUUAAUUAAUCGUGUGAAUCUAUUUUUAUUUACAUUAAGAUUGUAAGGAUAAAAAGACUGAUGUUAUUUUAACAAAACCAAAU